AUGAACCCUCUUCUUCUUCUUCUUCUGCCAUUUUGGCUUCUAAUUCUUCAAUUCGUCGUUUGUAAUUCUAUUUAUCUAAACUAUACUGAAGCACUCUCCAAAUCAAUCUUGUUUUUCGAAGGCCAACGAUCGGGUUACAUCCCGAGCAAUCAGAGGAUCACGUGGCGUGGGAAUUCGGCACUUGGAGAUGGUCCGGGCUUUUUUUCUGACCUCCGUGGUGGCUACUAUAACGGUGGAGAUAAUGUCAAGUCUACUUAUACCAUGGCGUUCACCACCACGAUGUUGGCGUGGAGUGUGAUUGAGUUUGGUGAAAUGAUGCCGAAGGAGGAGUUGAGGAAUACGUUGGUGGCGAUUAGGUGGUCCGCUGAUUAUUUGUAUAAGACGUCUGCGGAAGUACUUCGUAUUGUUGUACAGGUUGGCGAUCCAGUCAACGAUCAUAAUUGUUGGGAAAGGCCAGAGGACAUGGACAUGAAUCGGACUGUGUACAAACUGCAAGCAAUAGACCCAGCCUCAGAGGUGGCUGGAGAGGUAGCAGCAGCUUUAGCCGCUACAUCCAUCGCAUUCCGAUCUUUUGACCCUUACUACUCAGAUUCACUCCUAAAAGCAGCCAGCGGAGCUUUCGAUUACGCUGAUCUUUACCAUGGCUCCUACAGCGAAACUGUACUCAUUAAGUAUGGUGUUUGCCCAUAUUAUUGUGCUUUUGAUGGAUAUCAGGAUGAGUUGAUAUGGGGAGCAGCAUGGUUAAGUAAGGCUUCUAAGGAUGAAAGAUACAUGGAAUACAUACAAAAGAAUGGUGACACAUUGGCUGCUAAUGAAAAUAUUAAUGAGUUUGGAUGGGACAAAAAGCAUGCUGGCAUCAAUGUUCUUCUUUCCAAGGAAGUUUUGGAACGGAAAGCGUAUGGUCUGGAUUCUUAUAAAACAUCUGCAGAUAACUUCAUAUGCACAUUAAUACCUGAAUCUUCGUCCUCAUCACACAUUGCAUACACCCCCGGAGGCCUAAUUUACCGGGAGGGUGAGAAAAAUUUACAACAUUCAACUUCAAUCACAUUCCUCUUGCUGGUUUACGCGAAAUACCUAAAGCAAUCAUCAGGCUCCAUAAACUGUGGCAGCGUACGUGUGGGACCCGCUAAGCUUCGUGUAAUGGCCAAACGCCAAGUGGAUUACAUCCUAGGGAAGAACCCCAAGGGAAUGUCGUAUAUGGUAGGAUAUGGCCGUAAAUAUCCGCAAAGGAUUCAUCAUCGAGGCUCGUUCAUACCCUCCAUCAAGGACCAUCCGCAAGUUAUAAAGUGUAAAGAGGGGUCCAUUUAUUUUAACUCGUCCAACCCAAAUCCAAACAUUUUGAUCGGGGCCGUGGUCGGUGGGCCCCAGAAAGAUGAUGAGUACGAGGAUGAUCGAACUGAUAUUUCAAAAUCUGAACCCACAACCUAUAUUAAUGCACCGUUUGUUGGUGCAUUAGCGUUUUUUGCCGCUAAGCCUAUCCACCACAAUUAA